AUGGAGAUGGCCAUUAUGAAGGCAGAUUUGCAUGAGGAUAGCGAAACCACCAUGGCUCGAUUUUUGCAUGGUUUGAGGCCGAAGAUUGCCGAAGUAGUGAAACUCCAACAUUAUCUCGACAUGAAUGAAAUGCUAGAAAAGGCGGUCACAGUUGAACGGUGCCUCAAGAGGAGGGGUAGUGCACGAGAAAGCACUACAUACCAAGGUGGAAAUUGGCGCCCUCCUCAACCAAAAAGAGAGGAGAAGGCCACGGCUCCUUCUAACCCUCCAAGGCCGAGUGUCUUUCCUUCCAAGGCAACGGCCAAGACCGAGUUUAAGGCUAAUAAUGGAGCUUUCAAACCUCGUGGCCGAAACACCAAGUGCUUUAAGUGUCAAGGAUUUGGCCAUAUCGCCUCCCAAUACCCCAACCAAAGGACCAUGCUAUUGUUGCCAAAUGGGGAGGUUGUAUCAGAUGAGGAAGAGGAGUAUGAAGGAAUGCCACCUCUAGAGGAGGAAGAAAAUGAUUCAAGUGAGGAGAUACCUACACAUGAGGAGAUCGGUUGCUUAGUGGUUCGAAAGGUCCUUACUACGCGAGCCAAGAAGGAGGAAAUGGAGGUACAACGGGACAAUCUUUUCUACACAAGGUGUCACAUCAAGGAUAAGAAAUUUGAGGACAUAUUCUCUGAGGACGUGCCCAAUGGACUACCACCCCUAAGGGGAAUCAAGCACCAAAUUGACCUCAUUCCGGGCAUCCCACUGCCUAACAAACCUGCCUAUCGAAUGGGCCCUGAGGAAACAAAGGAGUUGCAAAGGCAAGUGGAGGAACUACUAAGGAAAGGCUGGGCUCGAGAAAGUCUAAGUCCAUGUGCUAUACCAGUGAUUCUCGUGCCAAAGAAGGAUGACACCUGGAGAAUGUGCACCGACUGCUAUGUCGUUAGUGUACAAGGUAUCCAUGUAGAUGAAAAGAAGGUCAAGGCCAUUCAAAAAUGGCCGACACCUACCUCUGUUAGUGAGGUGCGCAGUUUUCAUGGACUAGCUAGCUUUUACCGCCGCUUUGUGAGAGAUUUCAGCACCAUUGCAGCACCACUCACUAUGGUCAUGAAGAAGAAUGAGAAGUUCAUUUGGGGGAAAGCACAAGAUAAGGCCUUCCAAUUACUCAAACACAAACUCACACAUGCACCACUUCUUGCAUUACCUAACUUUGACCUCACUUUUGAAGUGGAAUGUGAUGCAUCAGGUGUUGGAGUUAGAGCCAUACUAAUGCAAGGUGGGAAGCCAAUCACCUACUUCAGUGAGAAACUAAAUGGCGCGGCGAUCAACUACUCGACCUAUGACAAGGAGUUAUAUGCCCUUGUAGGUGCUUUGGAUGUGACGCCCCGAAAAGAAUGA